GUUAUACAUUCUAUGGGUCUGUUAUGCAUUUUCAAAAUCUUUUCAUUAAACACAUUGUCUCAGGCUUUGCCUUGACCCACUUCUUAUUCCUGGGUUUCAGAACCAUGUGUGCUCAGUACUGCAUCUCCUUUGCUGAUGUUGAAAAAGCUCAUAUCAACAUUCGAGAUUUUAUCCACCUUACACCAAUGCUAACAAGCUCCAUUUUGAAUCAAGUAACAGGGCGCAAUCUUUUCUUCAAAUGUGAACACUUCCAGAAAACUGGAUCUUUUAAGAUUCGUGGUGCCCUUAAUGCAAUCAAAAGCUUGAUUCCUGCCACUUCAGAAGAGAAGCCCAAAGCUGUUGUUACUCACAGCAGUGGAAACCAUGGCCAGGCUCUCGCCUAUGCUGCCAAAUUGGAAGGGAUUCCUGCUUAUAUUGUGGUGCCCCAAACAGCUCCCAACUGUAAAAAACUGGCAAUACAAGCCUAUGGAGCCUCUAUAGUGUACAGUGAACAGAGUGAUGAGUCCAGACAAAAUGUUACAAAAAGAAUUAUGGAAGAAACAGAAGGCAUCAUGGUACAUCCCAACCAGGAGCCUGCAGUGAUAGCUGGGCAAGGGACAAUUGCCAUGGAAGUGCUGAACCAGGUUCCCUUAGUAGAUGCACUGGUGGUACCUGUAGGAGGAGGAGGAAUGGUUGCUGGAAUAGCAAUUACAGUCAAGGCUCUGAGACCUAGUGUGAAGGUAUAUGCUGCUGAACCCUUGAAUGCAGAUGACUGCUACCAGUCCAAACUGAAAGGGGAACUGACCCCCAAUCCCUAUCCUCCAGAAACCAUAGCAGAUGGUGUCAAAACCAGCAUUGGCUUAAACACCUGGCCUAUUAUAAGGGACCUCGUGGAUGAUGUCUUCACUGUCACAGAGGAUGAAAUUAAGUAUGCAACCCAGCUGGUAUGGGAGAGGAUGAAACUGCUUAUUGAACCUACAGCUGGUGUUGGAGUGGCUGCUGUGCUGUCUCAGCAUUUUCAAACAGUUUCCCCAGAAGUAAAGAACAUUUGUAUUGUGCUUAGUGGUGGAAAUGUAGACAUAACCUCCCUAACUUGGGUGAAGCAGGCUGCAAGGCCAGCUCCUUAUCAAUCUGUUUCUGUUUAAUUUAUGCAAAAUGAAGAGAUGGGAUUCAGUGUCUCUAGACAAUUGGAAAUUUUGUUUCCUAGUCACUGUCAACCUCCGAUCUCCCCCUCUUAAACAGCUUUCAAAAUCCUAACAGAGAGUGGAUAUUUCAGUAAGAUUUAAUAAUUUUUUGGAUUAAGCAGCAAUAGAAAAACAUUCAUACUUAACUGAAGACACCUUAUCAAGGCCAAGAAAAGCCUUCAGCAAAAAAGAGCAGGAGCCCUCUAGGCUCAAAUAGAAAACACAAACUUUGCCCAUUCACAACCUGUAGGCUUCCAUCCCUAGAGUGCUAACUAGUAGCGAUAAGACAGAAUCCCACUGAACCCAUUAUUCCAUGUCCGCUUCAGGCACUCCUGAAGAAAUCUCACUUUUCACCCAAGGUACUGGUUCUGGUACAUAUGGAUCAUAAGUCCAUUUGGGGAAAACUCGUUUAUAGAGGUUCAUCAGUACUGUAUCCUGAGAUUUUAGCUUCCCAUCAAAACUGCACUUCAUGUGGCCAUGAGUACCUAGAAAGAAAACAGAGCAAGCUGGUCAAAUUAAAAUAGAAAAUUUUAAAGCAGUGGUCUUCUAAACCAAUUGUCAUUUAGUAGCACUGGGGAAAUCUAGGCAAGGUCCCAAAUCCCACAUUCUCUUACCUAAAGGCUCCUUGAUGUGUCCCCUGCGCCCCCACUUUGUCCUCAGUUCCACUGGUUUAAACCACAGCACAUCCUCUUAGAAUGAAACACAUAGAAGACCAAGAUGAAACAUUUACCCACAAAAUGUAAACUCAACCUUCACCCCACAAAGGCAAUCAGAUCCCAUCCUUCAUACCUACCUCUAUUGAAGAACAUGUAGCGUACUACUGCCAUCUUAGUAAAAAUUUU